AUGCUCGCGGGCGGCGCUUCGACGAGGCCAGCGCUCGUCACAUUCGACUGCACCGGAACGCUCUUCGAGCCGGUCGCUCGCAUCGGCGUCCUCUACAAGCGCGCCGCCGUUGCCGAGGCGUGGAAGGCGUCCCUCGCACGCGCUGUAGCCGCCGAGGCGCUGGACGAGGACGCGCUCUCCGCCGCCUUUCGCAGCGCGUUCGCUGAGGCUGACCGCGAGCGGCCCUGCUUCGGCGCUGGCGCCUGCUCCUCUGAGGACUGGUGGCAUCCAGUGGUUGAGCGGACCUUUGCGGCGGCGGCUGCAGAGAGCGCCGGCUGCUCGGAAGACGCGCUGCGUCCGCUCCUGCCGGGCGCCUUCCGGACGCUCUACCACGAGACGUUUGUCUCGCGCGCCGGGUGGAGGCUCCGGCCACACGCCGCCGACACGCUCUCGGCCCUCAGCGCGUGGCGAGAGGCGCGGCCAGCCUCGGAGACGGAUCUGAAGGUCGGCGUGGCGGGCGUCGAGAAGCCGUCCGCCGAGCUCUUUGCGCGCGCGAGGGGCCUCGCAGGCGUGGCUGCCGACGCGCGCUGCUUGCAUGUCGGCGACUCGUUUUCGCGCGAUGUCGUCGGUGCGGGGUGGGAGGCGCUCUUUGUGUGCUCGGCCGAGCAGCGAGCCGCCGUCGGAGGCGAGGCGCUCGCCGCUGUCGAGCACGCCCACCUCGAGUCGCUGGCCAGGCUGCCCGCCCUCUUGUCGCUCGGCGAGCAGCCCGAGGCGAGGGGCGGCGCGCACCAGCCGUCCGCGCCCGUCCGCGCCGCGUCGUAA